CCACAAUUGCUCUCAGCCAGAGAGGGAGAGAGGAGUAAAGAAGAGAGGGUGAGUUAGUUACUCCAUAUGGGGGGAGGCACAUUCGUGGACGGAGUUCGUCGCUGGUUCCAAAGACGAGCGAUUACCAAUCCCAAUUCCAAUAUUAGUAAUAAUGAUCAUCAGCCGCAUGCAUCACAAGACCCCCUUCCCAUUGUUCAACACUUUGAUAUUUCGGGCCUCAAGUUCAUUAAAGUCCCCAAGCGUCUCGAUUUCCCACUUUCUAACCCCGCCAUGGAUUCCCACAAAAAGGGUAAUCUGGAAACCGAAUUUUUUACAGAGUACGGGGAGGCGACUAGGUAUCAGGUCCAAGAAGUUGUUGGCAAAGGUAGCUACGGCGUUGUAGGUUCUGCCAUCGAUACUCACAACGGAGAGAGGGUUGCAAUUAAAAAGAUCAAUGAUGUCUUUGAGCAUGUCUCUGAUGCCACGCGGAUCCUCAGAGAAAUCAAGCUUCUUCGUCUGCUUCGCCAUCCUGACAUUGUUGAAAUCAAGCACAUAAUGCUUCCUCCUUCUCGGAGGGAAUUCAGAGAUAUCUAUGUUGUUUUUGAAUUGAUGGAGUCUGAUCUUCACCAAGUGAUUAAAGCAAAUGACGACUUAACACCAGAGCAUUAUCAGUUUUUCCUCUACCAGCUCCUGCGUGGCUUGAAAUACACCCACUCAGCAAAUGUGUUCCAUCGGGAUUUAAAGCCGAAGAACAUACUUGCUAAUGCUGACUGUAAGUUGAAGAUAUGUGAUUUUGGUCUAGCUCGUGUGUCGUUUAAUGAUGCCCCAUCAGCAAUAUUUUGGACUGAUUAUGUUGCAACUCGAUGGUAUCGUGCUCCAGAGCUAUGCGGUUCCUUUUUCUCUAAAUAUACACCUGCUAUUGAUAUUUGGAGCAUCGGAUGCAUAUUUGCUGAGAUGCUUAGUGGAAAACCAUUAUUUCCCGGGAAAAAUGUGGUGCAUCAGUUAGACUUAAUGACUGAUUUGCUUGGCACUCCACCUCCAGAAUCUAUUGCAAGGAUCAGGAAUGAAAAGGCUCGGAGAUAUCUGAGCAGUAUGCGGAAGAAACAACCUGUUCCGUUCUCUCAGAAAUUCCCUGAUGCUGAUCCUUUGGCUCUUAACUUGCUAGAAAAGCUUCUGGCGUUUGAUCCUAAAGAUAGACCGACCGCUGAAGAAGCGUUGAAUGAUCCCUACUUUCACGGGUUGUCAAACGGAGAGCGUGAACCAUCAACUGUACCAAUAUCGAAGCUUGAGUUUGAAUUUGAGAGGAGGAAAUUGACUAAAGAUGAUGUUAGGGAGCUGAUUUAUAGAGAGAUUCUCGAGUAUCAUCCUCAUAUGCUUGAAGAGUAUCUCCAAGGUGGAGAGCAGACUAGUGGCUUCAUGUAUCCAAGUGGCGUCGAUUGGUUCAAGAGACAGUUUGCCCAUCUUGAAGAGCACAAAGGUAAAGGUGAAAAAAGCACUCCUCUACUGAGACAACAUGCUUCAUUACCUAGAGAGCGUGUCCCUGCACCAAAAGAAGAACCCGAAGAUAAUGAUUUUGAGCAACAAAAUGCAGCUUCUGUUGCUACGACUCUAGAUAGCCCCACUGGGAAUGAUGGCAUGAACAGUAGUGCCCAAAACGGCCACAAGGGAAACGUCAGCGCUCGUAGCUUGUUGAAGAGUGCAAGCAUCAGUGCUUCCAAAUGCAUUGGUGUCAAAGAAAAGAAAAACACCGAGGAAGAGCCAAUCGAAGAAAACAAUGAAGAAGAUGUGUUAUCAGAGAAAAUUGCUGCCCUACAUGCUUGAUCGCGUUUGAGGUAGCUGAUGACUUAUGUUGGCUCGUUUUUUACUGUGAGAUUAGGCUGCUUGGGAUGAGUAAUCCAGUGCAGCAGCCAGCAACAUUUUUCUUAGCAUUCAUAGAUUAGGAAGGAAAUCUCUUUUUGGGUUGUACAGAUGUAUUUGCUCCCAUUUUUGAAUUUAUGUAGUUAUAGAAUCAUCUGUUUUUAUGAUGGUUAAUUUAGCUCAUUGCAUUGUACUAGGAUGAUGUUUUUAUGGAUCUCAAAAUUUUCUCGCAAUUUUUGUUUAA